AUGCGAGUCGACUCGGAGCCGCCGAUGCUGGUUGCGCCGCCCGUGCAGCGCAACCACAUUCGUCCGCUGCUUUGGAAGAAUUUUCUGCUCAAGAAGAAGCACCCGGUCAAGUGGGCGCUCGAGAUCCUCGUGCCCGUGGCCUUUAUCAUCCUCCUCGGCGGCCUCAAGGUGCUCUUGAAAGACGUCAAGGUCCCGUCCGGGUGGUCGGACGAUACAACAUCCGUCGACGACUACACGGGGUCGGGCUACAACCUGUACGCGAGCCGCGGGCCGCGCUACUUUACGACCGAGACGACGUUCUCGGGCCUGCUUUGGAGCCUCUCGGUCAAGGCAUUUACCGAGUCGGCGUCGAUGGCCGACUUUACGGCGGCCCAAAACGUCUCGUGCGCGGCGUUCCUGCUUGAGGGCAAAGUCAACUUGGACCAAGCGUCGCCGAAUGCCAUUCCGUCGGCGUGCAGUGGGCGUAUUGUGCCCUACAAGAUCGCAGUCGUCCCCGACACGGCGUUCACGCGCAACUACUUUGCAAAACGGUCGCCGCCUGAUGAUUUGUACGGCAAAGAUCUGGCCCACCCGCGCAUUCACUCGGCCCUCGUCUUCCACUCGAGUGUGUCCGAGGCCCAGAUCGGGUCAGCCGUCUCGCUCGACUAUGCUAUUCGCAUGAACUCGACCAUGGACGACAACGGCAACCCCGGUGACAUCCCGCGCACCAAUGUCGCCAAUACGAACGCGCUUCAAAAGUCGAUUGAAACGAAAGACUACCAGCGCUACACGACGCGGGGCUUUCUCACGCUGCAGACGCUCGUGACGCGCUUCGCCUUGUGCCAGCCAACGUACAAGAACGGCGCGCCGGGCAACUGCUCGAACGCCAAGGCGACCGCGGUUGCGUCCUCGGGCCUGGAUGCGCGGUUGUUUGGCCACAUCCAAAACGACACGCUCUUGCAGCAGAUCAACCAGCUUCUGGGUCGCGCCUCGCUGCCAAUCGUCGACUGGAGUGCGGUGCCUCCGACGGCCAAGCAAGCGCUCUUGGUGCCAUUGCGCCAGGCGCCGCAGCCGUACUUGGGGCAAGCCGUGUACCCGUUUCCGAUCCAGGGCUACACGUCGUCGCCGUUCUAUACGAGCGUCUCGUCGUUCUUCGCGAUCAUCUUCAUCAUCUCGUACCUCUUCUCGGUCUCGUCGAUUCUCGUCGCGCUCAUCACCGAGAAGGAGAACAAGUCGCGCGAGCUCAUGAAGAUUCUUGGCGUCCAUGACCGCGCGAUCAUCUGGUCGUGGUACAUCACGUACGGCGCCAUCUUUGUCGUGGCCGCGAUCCUUCAAGCGGUCGCGAGCAAAGUCAACCUCUUCUCCAACUGCAAUGUCGUGCUCGUCUUCGUCUUCUUCCUCCUCUUUGGCUGGAGCGUUCUCGCGUACAGCUUUAUGGUGUCGUCGGUCUUCUCCAAGUCCCGCAUCGGCACGUACGUCGGCAUCAUUGGCUUCUUCAUCAUGUACCUCAUCACGUCCGGCUUCUCGGCGACGACCGCCGAGUCGACCAAGAACGCCAUGUGCAUCUUUUCGCCGGUGGCCAUGGCGUUUGGUGUCCAGACCAUGGCGAGCGCCGAGUCCAACUCGCUUGGCAUCACGUUUGGCAACAUCAACGAGCCGUACGAGAACUUUCGGUUCAUCACGAGCCUCUAUUUCAUGGCCUUUGAUAUUGUGCUCUAUACGCUUCUCGGCCUCUACCUCGAGAAGGUCGUGCCGAAGGACUAUGGCGUCACGGAGAAGUGGUACUUUUUCCUCUCGCCGUCGUACUGGCGCAACCGCCGUGUCGCGCGCCUUGUCACGAGUGUCAACCUCGACGACGUCGACUACGUCGAGGGUGCGGCCCACGACGCUAUCGAGCCCGUGGGCAUGGAGCUCAAGGCGCAAGAGGCAAGCGGCGAAGCGCUCCAGAUCCGCCAACUUCGGCGCGAGUUCAAGGUGCCCGGUGGCACCAAGGUUGCCGUGCACGGCCUCGACCUCACCAUGUACAAGAACCAGAUCACGUGUCUCCUUGGGCACAACGGUGCGGGCAAGACAACGCUCAUGUCGAUGCUCACGGGCAUGAUUCCGGCGUCGGGCGGCGACGCGACCUUCAACGGCCUCUCGUUGCGCAACGACCUCUCGGAGCUGCGCCAGUCGCUGGGCAUGUGUCCGCAGCACGACGUGCUCUACGCGGAGCUGACGGUCGAGGAGCACCUCAUCUUUUACGGUCGCAUCAAGGGCUUCUCGGGCAAGGCGCUGACGGAAGAAGUCGCCGACAAGAUUGCCGAAGUCGGCUUGACGGAAAAGCGACAUGUGGCGUCGAGCGAGCUCUCGGGUGGCAUGAAGCGCAAGCUGUCGCUGGCGAUCGCACUCCUUGGUGACAGCAAGAUUGUCUUCUUGGACGAACCGACGUCCGGCAUGGACCCGUACUCGCGCCGGUCCAGCUGGGAAAUCAUCAUGAACAACCGCAUGAACCGCAUCGUGGUGCUCACGACGCAUUUUAUGGACGAAGCCGAUAUCCUCGGCGACCGGAUCGCCAUCAUGGCCGAGGGGCAGCUGCGCUGCGUCGGCUCGUCGCUUUUUCUCAAGAACCGGUACGGCGCCGGCUACAACUUUGCGCUCGUCCGCACCGAGACGUGCGACACGGCGGCGCUCAUUGCGUUUGUCCAGUCGCACAUUCCGGUCGCCAAGGUGCUCUCGAACGUCGGGACAGAGAUGUCGUUCCAGCUGCCGCUCGACCACGCGCCGUCGUUCGCGGCCAUGUUUGCGGACCUGGAAGUGCAGAGCAGUGCGCUCGGUGUGCUCUCGUACGGUAUCUCGGUCACGACGCUGGAAGAGGUCUUCAUCAAGGUGGCGGAAAUCGGCGACGAGCACCAGCAGCACACGCUCCAGCCCCGCAACGACGCGAGCCCGCUCCUCUCGCCUGCUGGCUACAAGAUCAACACGGCCGAAGCGCCGCCGAGCCGGCUUCGCAUGUUUGGCCGCCACUUUGUCGCGCUCUUCAAGAAGCGUUUCCGCACGGCCAAGCGGGACAAGAAGAUUGUCGUGUUUGGUGCCGUGCUGCCCGUCAUCUUUGUCGUGCUCGGGAUGAGCAUUCUCAAGUUUAGCUCGCUCUCCAAGGACGACGACCCAAUCAACAUGAACCUGCAGAGCUACGGCAGUGUGACGCCGGUGCCUGUGACGUGCCAAGGCGACGCGGCGUGGUGCGCGGCGUUCCCAGCGGCCUACGCGGCCGGCAAGGUCUCGCUCCUCUCGGUGCCGACGCCUGCGUACUCGACCAACAACCCGACUGUGUUUGGUAUCACGUACACCAACCCGGCGAUCGCAGCCAACGACACGACUGGCACGUGCCUCGCCACUGGCUACGAGGUUUACCAGCGUGGCUACGGCGGGGCCGGUGCGUCGCCGGUGCUCGGUCAGUAUGGCGGCUACGUGCUCCAGGCGUCGUCCGUCGACAACACGUACGGCUACAACGUCUUGGUCAACACGACGGCUGUGCACGCAGCACCCAACUACAAGGCGGCGAUCGAUGAGACGCUCUACCAGCUUUUCACGCAGCAGCCUGGCAUCACGCUCAAGGUGACGAGCCACCCGCUGCCGCUGACGGCGAUGACCAAGACACUCUUCACGACGUUCAUGUCAUUUGCGACGUCGAUCUUUGUCGUGCUUGCGUUCGCCUUCUUCACGGCGUCGAUCGUCCCGUACCUCGUCAACGAGAAGCACCACUCGCACAACUCCAAGCACCAGCAGCUCGUGUCGGGCGUAAGUCUCCCGGCGUUCUGGCUCGCCAACUUUGCCUGGGACGUCCUCCUCUACAUCGUGCCGUGCGUCUUUGGUCUCGUUGCGAUCUACCUCUUCGACAUCACGCCCUUCACGGGCAACGACUGCUUUGGGUGCGCGGCGAACCCGUUUGGUGCUGUGAUCGCGCUCUUUGUGCUUUUGGGCCCCGCCCUUUGUUCGUUCUGCUACUGCCUCUCGUACCUCUUCUCGGACCCCGCGUCGUCGCAGACGUACACGAUCAUGACCAACAUCGGCUUUGGCACGGUGCUCAUCACAGUCUCGGUUGUCCUCGACGUUGUCGAGUCGACCAAGACGGCCAACGAAACACUCAAGUUUUUAUGGCGCCUCUCGCCGCUCUACUGCAUCGGCGGUGGCCUCAACGCGCUCAGUAGCUACACGAUCGAGUCGACCGUCGGCACCAAGGCGCCCGACACGUCUGCCUUUAGCACGGACGUCGCUGGCUACGAAAUCAUGUACCUCGCCAUCGAAGCCGUGCUCUUCCCGAUUCUUGCGAUUGGCAUUGACUAUGCGCUCAGCUUUCCCAAGAUCAAGGCCAAGCUCUCCAAGGACCCGGUCAUCGUCGACGCGCCGGUGGACAUUGACGUUGACGUCCAAGCCGAGGCAGAUCGCGUCAACAGCGGUCGCGCCGACAACGACGCCGUCGUCAUGCGCAACCUCCGCAAGGUGUACAAGGGCGGCAAGGUCGGUGUCUCCAACAUCGCGCUCGCGCUGCCCAAGGGCGAGUGCUUUGGGUACCUCGGCAUCAACGGCGCUGGCAAGACGUCGACGAUGAAGAUGAUGACGGGCGACGUGCUCCCGACCUCGGGCACGGCGACGCUCGGCGGCUUUGACAUUCUCUCGCAGCAGAUCGAGGUGCGCCGGCUCAUGGGCUACUGCCCGCACAGCUGCAUCUCGAUGGACCACGCGACCGGGUACACGCUCAUGGAGUCGAUCACCAAGAACCAGUACAUUCGCGCCCGCGACUUUUGUACGUGGUGGCUCACUGAAGACCGGUUCGAAGCGUUCAACGCCUUCUUGGCCACCGCGAUGGGUGCCGGCAAUGCGCAGCUGCUCGAGCGCCAGAACGACGUUGCGCGAUUCAAGCUCAUGAGCCCGACCAAGCUCCUUCUCUCGUCCGUUUUUUCGAUGCUCGAGGGCUGCAAGGCCGCGUACCACGUCGAAGAGUACACGGUGGCGCAGACGACAUUGGAGCAGAUCUUUAACAGCUUUGCGAGCCAGCAGACGCAAGAGAAGGGUGUUGCGCGCGGCGUGGUCGUCCCGACAUCCGAGGUGCACGAAGACUAUGUCGCUGUGCAGUAA